AUGGGUUGGCCUUAUCACAUAGUCAAACUCAGUCCAGAGGAAAAGUCGCAGCGUCGAGAGCUUCUCGAUCGAUACGGGUUAUACUCUCAGCUGUCCGUCUUCAUACCGGUUUUGUCCUUUUGGCUGUAUCGGUUAGGGCAUUGGGUCUAUCUCCGCUCGACUCGGAGAGACGGAUAUAGUGCAGUUACUCGUCCAGCAGAGUCAAGGACUUUGAGUACUGGGAAUUUUGUGAGGCGAUGGCGGUCGAUACUGUGGUGGCUCGAAGAUGAAGUCGCUCCCGACUGGGGUGCAAGGCAGCAUUGGAUUUUUGGGACAGCAUGGGCGCUAUGGUUGCUAACUUUGUGCAUUUAUCAGACAGGGACAGAUUAUCUUCAUGUGACAAAACGCUUUGGCAUAGUAGCUGUGGCGCAACUACCCACACAUUUUGUCCUUGCAGUCAAAUCUCGAUACAAUCCUUUAGCAUUGCUCUUCAACACUUCGUAUGAGAGACUGCUACCAUGGCACCGAAUAUCCGGCAGACUGAUAUUCCUUCUGAUCGUUGUCCAUGCGACAUUGUACCUGAAUUACUUUAUCCAAACGGCAACGCUACAAGAGCAUCUCACUUCUCUCAAGAUCAUCCUUGGCAUUGCAUCAUUCAUGUCCCUUUUCGCCAUGAUGAGCACCAGCAUCGAGGCCGUCCGUUGUCGCAACUAUCGGUUAUUCUACAUCACACACUCGAUUCUUGCAUCCCUUGUCCUGAUCUUUCUUGUCUUUCACGCAAAGUCUCUACGCUGGUACAUCAUUGAGACACUGGCUGUCACUCUUCUGUCCCUACUCAACCGUCUAGAUACCAUCACCGCGUAUGCGGCCAUAUCGCGAAUCCCGCGAACGAACCUCAUCAGCGUGCAGAUCCCUAUUCCCGCAUCAAAAAUAGAAAGAUUCCGAGCAGCGCCAGGCCAACACGUCUACUUAUCCUUGCAUGCGGAAACAGCGAUGAAGGUAAAGUCCUCGCUCAUACAGAACAUGUUCCUCCGAAAUCCAUUUACUGUCGCAAAUGUCUCGGAGAACAAUGAGAUCACCCUCGUUGCGCGGGUGCAAGAUGGUCCUACGUCCAGAGCCUUGGAAGCCCUGGCAGACUCGGCAGAGAAGCCAAGUCUGCUUGAGAUCUACGGACCUUUUGAGAGUAUCCCCCGUUUCUCAAAGCUGGCAAGGAAGUAUGAUCGAAUUCUUCUUGUGGCGGGUGGAGUUGGCGCGACUUUUGCUUUGCCGGUCUACCGUGAACUGAAGGAGCAAGUCGAAGCGGAAGGCAAGGGACAAGAUAGGAUUACAUUUGUGUGGUCUAUGAAGACGCUGGAAGAAGCUGCGUUGGCGGUGGGAUUGGCGGAUGGGCAGGCCUUGACGCAAGAUGAGAACGUCAAACUCUACCUGACUCAGUCCUAUCAUAUGCGCAGGCAAAAGCCUUCUGCGGAUGAGUGUGUCGAGCUAGAGGAGUUACAGGCGCAGAGAACAGUUGUAUGGUCAUGCGCGGAAACUGGACGGCCCGAUCUGGACAAAAUUGCGGGUGAUGUCAUCGGCGAGGCUGAUGAGCGCGUAGCUGUGCUGUUCUGCGGACCACCAGGCAUGGGGAGGAUAUUACGGGAAAAUAUUGGCAGGUAUGUACGGGAAGGACGAGAGGUCUGGUGGCAUGCUGAAGCCUUUGGGUGGUGA